AUGAUGUUUUUACUCUCUCCCUUUCUAGAUGAACCACGCCCCCCUCUGCCACCACAGUUAAAUGGGGGGCCUCUCAUGGACCCGCCUGGGCCCCUACCCCCCCUGCCUCCCCUCUCCACCCCUCCUACCCCCGACUCCCGCCUUGCCCCCUCCGUGUGUCCCAUGCUGACCACCCCCACCCUCACCCCUUCUCCACUGCUCCCCCCAUCCUCUGACUCUCCCCUGGGUUUCGACACCACCAACCCUGAGCAGAGUGGUGUUCCAGUGGCCCAUGUGGCUCCCGGGGCCCCAGCCGGCCCAGAGACAGAGGAGGACAAGGCCAAGAAGCUCCUCUACUGCUCACUGUGCAAAGUGUCCGUCAACUCCCUCUCACAGCUGGAGGCUCACAACAAAGGUACGUAGCUUAGAGGUGGCCCUCUCAGGUCACUAAUCUAGGAGAGGACACUUGGCAGUCCUUGGAAUAGUCAGUACUUAAAGGACUGGUUCACUAUUUUUAAACCAAAUCUCAAUUUUUUUUUGUUGUAAAUAGCAUGUUAUAGAAGGGUAAAGAUACCUUUUUUGCAAUUUCACUUGGUUUUGAGAAAUGUACCCCACCCACCAUAGACUUCCUCAUUGCUCGUUCUGCAGUAUGGGGGCCACGGAAAACAUGAACAAAGGCUCCAAUAACAUCCAAAUAAGUCAUUUUAGAAACUGCAUAAUCUCUCAGUAUGGUGAUGCAGGUCUUUAGAUGUUGUACACAUGAAAUUGUGUAAUUCCACAACAUUAUAUUCCAUUUUGUUGGAUUCGAGCAAUGCAUUUCUGUGUGCGACCAUUCGCGUGCUUUCUCAUUUCUCUUAUCACCACAAUGGAACGAGAAAGCACGUGCAUGCUUCCACACGAAAAUAUAUCACUUGAGUAAAAAAAAAAGCAAUAAAACGUUGCGGUAAGUGUCGGGUACGUUUCUCAAAACAAAGUGAAAUCACUAAAAUUGUUUCUGGAACCUUCUUUAGCAUACCAUUUACAUACAAUUUUUUAAUUUGGUAAAAAAAAUUGUGAAACACAUGAAUGUUGAAUUCCUUAUCAACAGACCUGGGCUGAAAUAGUGUUUGUUUUCUUUUAAACACUUUAAGUGUUUGAUAUUUAGCCUUUCUGGAGGGCCAGGUGAGAGGGAAAAAAGAAAACAAACUAUUUAAACUCAGGGCUGUUCUCCUCUACCCAUCUGCCUUUCCUGCAUCACCCUAAAAAGAACAACACCAUUUUUAUUUGAUCCAGCACAACCCAAAAGGUGUCUGUGUUUCAAGUUCAAACACAGAUGAUGGUGCUCCAGUAACACAAAGGAAGUGUUGAUGGCAAAAAUGAAUAAAAGGCGUUAAGACUCUAGCCAAGCAUAACAUUCUCUUCAACCAGAAACUUCCCCCCUGGUUUUAGUGUAGUCUUUGAUCCAACAUGCCCUGGAGUAGUGUAUUUCUCCUGUCUUGUCUACAGCACCAAAACACCUUGAUAAGAAUUAUAUAAAUAUAGGAGUCUCCCACUCAAAAAUUCAUGAUGUAUCUUGUGGUGGUUAGCGGGUGCAGCGGAAAGCUGUUCAUUGUUGCUUCAGGCCUUUAGCAUCAAUAAGCAGCAGAGAAAGUCCUGUUAAUGCUGGUCCUCUCAAUGCUGGUCCUCUUAAUGCUGGUCCUGUUAAUGCUGGUCCUGUUAAUGCUGGUCCUCUUAAUGCUGGUCCUGUUAAUGCUGGUCAUGUUAAUGGUGGACCUCUUAAUGCUAGUCCUCUUAAUGCUGGUCCUGUUAAUGCUGGUCCUGUUAAUGCUGGUCCUGUUCAUGCUGGUCCUCUUAAUGCUGGUCAUGUUAAUGAUGGUCCUGUUAAUGCUGGUCAUGUUCAUGGUGGACCUCUUAAUGCUAGUCCUGUUAAUGCUGGUCCUGUUAAUGCUGGUCCUGUUAAUGCUGGUCCUGUUAAUGCUGGUCCUCUUAAUGCUGGUCAUGUUAAUGCUGGUCCUGUUAAUACUGGUCAUGUUAAUGGUGGACCUCUUAAUGCUAGUCCUGCUAAUGCUGGUCCUGUUAAUGCUGGUCCUCUCAAUGCUGGUCCUGUUAAUGCUGGUCCUGUUAAUGCUGGUCCUCUUAAUGCUGGUCCUGUUAAUGCUGGUGUUCUCAAUGCUGGUCCUCUUAAUGCUGGUCCUGUUAAUGCUGGUCCUCUUAAUGCUGGUCCUGUUAAUGCUGGUCCUGUAAAUGCUGGUCCUGUUAAUGCUGGUCCUUUUAAUGAUGGUCCUGUUAAUGCUGGUCCUGUUAAUGCUGGUCCUGUUAAUUCUGGUCCUCUUAAUGCUGGUCCUGUUAAUGCUGGUCCUGUUAAUGCUGGUCAUGUUAAUGGUGGACCUCUUAAUGCUAGUCCUGUUAAUGCUGGUCCUGUUAAUGCUGGUCCUGUUAAUGCUGGUCCUCUUAAUGCUGGUCCUGUUAAUGCUGGUCCUGUUAAUGCUGGUCCUCUUAAUGCUGGUCAUGUUAAUGCUGAUCCUGUUAAUACUGGUCCUGUUAAUGGUGGACCUCUUAAUGCUAGUCCUGUUAAUGCUGGUCCUGUUAAUGCUGGUCCUCUCAAUGCUGGUCCUGUUAAUGCUGGUCAUGUUAAUGAAGGUCCUCUUAAUGCUGGUCCUGUUAAUGCUGGUCUUCUCAAUGCUGGUCCUCUUAAUGCUGGUCCUGUUAAUGCUGGUCCUGUUAAUGCUGGUCCUGUAAAUGCUGGUCCUGUUAAUGCUGGUCCUCUUAAUGCUGGUCCUGUUAAUGCUGGUCCUGUUAAUGCUGGUCCUGUUAAUGCUGGUCAUGUUAAUGGUGGACCUCUUAAUGCUAGUCCUGUUAAUGCUGGUCCUCUCAAUGCUGGUCAUCUUAAUGCUGGUCCUGUUAAUGCUGGUCCUGUUAAUGCUGGUCCUCUUAAUGCUGGUCCUGUUAAUGCUGGUCCUCUCAAUGCUGGUCCUCUUAAUGCUGGUCCUCUUAAUGCCGUUCCUAUUAAUGCUGGUCCUGUUAACGCUGGUCCUGUUAAUGCUGGUCCUGUUAAUGCUGGUCCUGUUAAUGCUGGUCCUUUUAAUGCUGCACCACUGGAGGAGUGUGUCUUUAAGCCUGUAGAACCACAAGGCUGUUUUGAGGCCAGACUUGGGUUCCAAUCAUAUUUGUUUUCUUCCAGAUACUUUGGCUGCGCUUCAUUGAGCUUGUUCUUUGGCUGUGCUUCAUUGAGCCUGUUCUUUGGCUGUGCUUCAUUGAGCUUGUCUGGUGCAAUGCAAUCAAUAAAACAGUCUCAAAAGUGCUAACCUUGCCAGUCUGGCGCUCCAGGCUCAAUCAAACUUUCAAAGUAUUUCAAAGAAAACAAACCUUUUUUUUUUUAACCUUUAUUUAACUAGGCAAGUCAGUUAAGAACAAAUUCUUAUUUACAAUGACGGCCUACACCGGCCAAACCCAGACGACGCUGGGUUCCUUAAUACUUACUCUGUCACUCUUUUGGGUAAGCCCAAACCACCUAACCUUCUACUCAGAAUCUGUGGCUUGGGGACGCUGUUAACUUUCCCUUAACUCGCUCUAUGUUCUGUUUCAUGUCAGACACAUGUCACACUCACAUGCACACACACAUGAACGCAUGCAUGCAUGCACACACACCAGUCCCUGUAUUCCACAUCACCAUUACCACACCACAGCAGUAAGGCAGUGCUGUUAUGGGAAUGGGAAUGGCCUUGGACUGCCAGCCAGCCAGACAUGAUGAUAGACAAACAUGAAAAGCUUCUUAAUGUAUAACUAAGUGUCGAUCAAUGGAAACAUCAUCAGGGACUUCAUUACAGUAACCUUUGGAAGGCUUUUUGUAAUGGCUGUUUGAUUGAGCCAUAAGGACAGGACACAGAGAUUAGAUGUUUGAUUGAGCCCUAGGGACAGGAAACACAGAUAUUAGUUGUUUGAUUGAGCCCUAGGGACAGGAAACACCGAAAUUAUAUGUUUGAUUGAGCCCUAGGGACAGGAAACACAGAAAUUAAAUGUUUGGUUGAGCCCCUAGGAACAGGACACACAGAGAUGAGAUGUUUGGUUGAGACCCUAAGGACAGGACACAGAGAUGAGAUGUUUGAUUGAGCCCCUAGGGACAGGACACACAUAAAUUAAAUGUUUGGUUGAGCCCCUAGGAACAGGACACACAGUGACUAGAUGUUUGGUUGAGCCCUAGGGACAGGACACACAGAGAUGAGAUGUUUUGUUGAGCCCUAGGGACAUGACACAGAGAUCAAAUGUGUGGUUGAGCCCUAGGGACAGGACACAGAGAUUAGAUGUUUGAUUGAGCCCUAGGGACAGGAAACAUAAAGAUUAGAUGUUUGAUUGAGCCCUAGGGACAGGACACACAACAAAUAGAUGUUUGAUUGAGCUCUAGGGACAGGAAACACAGAUAUUAAAGGAAUCAAAUCAGAUUGUUUGUUGAUUGCACUCUCUUCUCUUCUUACAGCACAAGCACUAAUUAAUUAUGUAAAUCCAUGCAAACACACACAAAGACCAUAUGUUACACAGACAGAUAUAAAAUAAACAGAGAUCAACAGAGACAUUCACACAUCUGUGACAGCUACAGUGCCUGCAGUUCAAUCUGGGAAGAUUAACAGUCCAAAUCAACUCACAAUCUGGAAGCAAUAUCUCUCAUUCCCAAAACAAUACUCUGAAAAAUAAAAGCAUAUGUUGCACAGACAGACAGAUAAACAGACGGAGAAACAGACUGACAGAGACAUGCACAGUGUGACUAUCAGUGCUAUGAACAAAGAGAGAGAAGGGGUGACAAGAAAGGUUAUGGGAUUUAACCGCAAUCAUACGUUUAUGCAACAGUUCCUCGCUGUGUAUUGUCUCUCUUCAUGUUUGGAGACGUCUCCUGUCUGUUUGUGUAGUGUUUAAUUGUAACAGUGAGUCAAGCAGCUCGGCUCGCAGGACGAGAACACCCAGACAGGGUUAAUCUAUCGUUUGCCCAGAAUAGAACAAAGACAGCAAAAAAAACACUCCAAGUGCACAUUAUUGGCCACAAAUGAAAUCAGUCAUUCCAGACCUCCCUCCUCCUCCUUCUUUAUCCCCCACCUUCCCCACCUCCCCGACCUCCCCCACGUUCUCCUGCUGUAACCUAUAACUCACUGCUCAAAGAUCAGGGAUUUGGGAGAACAAGUCAAAGAAUGUGCCCCAAAUGGCACCCCAUUCCCUAUAUAGUGCACUACUUUUGACCUGGGCCCAUAGGGCUCUGUUCAAAAGUAGAGCACGAUAUAGGAAAUAGGGUGCCAUUUGGGACGUAUAAAAAACUCUCGGUCUUUACGCUCAUUGAUAGACGGAUCAGACCAAGGUGCAGCGUGGUAUGCGUACAUAUUCCUUUAUUAACUGAAUACAGAAUCAAAACAACAAAAUACAAACAAAUGUGAAGUUCAACAGGCUACACUAACACAAGCCAAAACAGAAACAAGAUCCCGCAACUAAGGUAGGCAAAAAUGGCUGCCUAAGGAUGAUCCCCAAUCAGAGACAACGAUCGACAGCUGCCUCUGAUUGGGAACCACACCCGGUCAACAUAAAAAUACAAACUCUAGAAUUCACACUCUGACCAAACAAACUAGAGAAAACAGGGCUCUCAAGGUCAGGGCGUGACACGGUCAGACCAAGUGCAAACUGGGCUGAUUGAGGUUUUGGGAUCAGGGGGAGGAGAGGGGAUAAGGGGGGAGACGGAGGGUAGGACAUGACUGGAAUUUUUCAGCCAAGAACAAAACAUGCAAUUAGUUAUAAAGGAACCAUAUUUUUAGACUGAGCACACUGAACACACUGAGCACGCUGAGCACACUGAGCAGACUGAGCACACUGAGCACACUGAGCACACUGAGCACACUGAGCACGCUGAGCACACUGAGCAGACUGAGAACACUGAGCAUGCUGAGCACACUGAACACACUGAGCACGCUGAACACACUGAGCACACUGAGCACACUGAGCAGACUGAGAACACUGAGCAGACUGAGCACACUGAGCACACUGAGCAGACUGAGCACACUGAGCAGACUGCUCUUUCUCUAACACACUAGUUAGAAAGGAACUAUUUUGGCACAACAACGUUUGCGCUGUCAGUCUAUCUAAUGCACACCACUUGAACAAGGAAUGACACUCAUAUUUCAGCACAUGAGAGAGCAUAUAAAACAGACAGCGCUUUCACUCUUUGAAGACUAGAUGUCGUUGAGUUUGAUUUUACCUUUGUAUUGUGAUGUCAUGACUAAUAACCUCUAGAUUUUACACGUUAUUACUACCAUCUGAAUAUAAUGACCUCACAGAAAACCCCCAUUGAAUUAGCCAUUCAUGAAAUGAAUUAGAAAGGAACUAUUUUGUCACAACGUGGUCAGUGCUGUCUGUGUGUGUAAUGUAAACCAUUUGAACAAGAGAAUAACAGUGGUAUUUCACCACACAAGGCAGAUCACAGAACAUACUGCACUGUGGUCUUCCAUUCUUUGAAGACCAAAAGCAGUUGACCAAUGCACCGAGUUGACUUCAGUUUUACAGAUGUCGUUCUAGAUGUUGACACCUUUAAGACAUUAUUACUACCAUCCAUAUGACCUCUCAGAAAAGCUAACCCUAACCCAGAUCAUUCAAUUGGCUACCCUAAGAGAACAGAGAGAUCUAUAGACAUAUUUCAGUUCUAUGCCAAUGUCAACUAACAGUGGAGAGAUCCAUGUCAUGUUGCAGCCAUAACUAUACUACUGUAGACUACAGCGUUACCAUAUCACUGUGGCCCUCUAGUGGUUAAUAUAUCACACUACACGACUCUCCUAGUCCCAUUCUACUCCAGGGUGAAGUUUCCCCUAAGUACAGAUCUAGGAUCAGCUUCCCCAGUCCUUACAUUUACAUUUACAUUUUAGUCAUUUAGCAGACGCUCUUAUUCAGUGUAUACAUUUUUUUUUCAAUUUUUUUUUUUCGUACUUACCUUAACCAUUAGUGGGGGAAAUGACUAACUGACUCAAUGUCAGGGUCUAGGGUUAACUUCACCCUACACCAUCCCAUUUCACUAACUGUACAUGUGCUUUGUGUGCUCUGCUCUGCUGCCUACCAGUGCUGAGUUAGAGGAUAGUUCAGAUCACAGGAGGCUGCUGAGGGGAGGACGGCUCAUAGUAAUGGCCAGAACAGAGCCAAUGGAAUGGAAUCACACCCAUGGAAACCAUGUUGAUGUAUUUGAUACCAUUACGCUCCAGCCAUUACCACGAGCCCGUCCUCCCCAAUUAAGGUGCCACCAACCUCCUGUGGUUCAGAUGGUGGUACAGUACAGAGAGUUCUCUAGCAGCUAGUUCACACAUCUUGAUAUUUGUCAUUGUCAUAUUCUCCACCAUUAUGAGGGGAUGGAGCCCAGAUACACACGGUGAUGAGCUCUGGCUGAUAUAUGGGGUUAUAGAACAGUUCAAUGCGCUCUGGCUGAUAUAUGGGGUUAUAGAACAGUUCAAUGAGCUCUGGCCUAUAGAUGGGGUUAUAGAACAGUUUAAUGAGCUCUGGCUGAUAAAUGGGGUUAUAGAACAGUUCAAUGAGCUCUGGCUGAUAUAUGGGGUUAUAGAACAGUUCAAUGAGCUCUGGCUGAUAGAUGGGGUUAUAGAACAGUUUAAUGAGCUCUGGCUGAUAAAUGGGGUUAUAGAACAGUUUAAUGAGCUCUGGCUGAUAAAUGGGGUUAUAGAACAGUUCAAUGAGCUCUGGCUGAUAUAUGGGGUUAUAGAACAGUUCAAUGAGCUCUGGCUGAUAGAUGGGGUUAUAGAACAGAUCAAUGAGCUCUGGCUGAUAGAUGGGGUUAUAGAACAGUUUAAUGAGCUCUGACUGAUAUAUGGGGUUAUAGAACAGUUUAAUGAGCUCUGGCUGAUAAAUGGGGUUAUAGAUCAGUUCAAUGAGCUCUGGCUGAUAGAUGGAGUUAGAGAACAGUUCAAUGAGCACUGGCUGAUAGAUGGGUUUAUAGAACAGUUCAAUGAGCUCUGGCUGAUAGAUGAGGUAAUAGAACAGUUUAAGCUUAUGUUAGUGUUGGGCUGAUGUCAUCCUGGACUAAAGACUGAUGGUUUGUGUGUGUGUGCAUGUGUGUGUGAAUAAAGGAAUUAAUGCAUUUUUAUUUUGUGCCUUGACCCAUCCCUCAUGGGAUAGUUAGACACCAUUUUCUUUCAGUCAAUUAAAGAAAACUUGUUUGCGUAGGUACCAAACACAAAACUAUCCUGGAGGCUCGCAGUGGGCUGGGUCCCAUCAAGGCUUACCCUCGGCUGGGCCCCAAACCCCUGGGGGAGCUGGGAGGGGGACCACUGGACCCCAACACUCAGGAACGCACUUUCCACUGUGAGAUCUGCAACGUGCGAGUCAACUCUGAACUGCAACUCAAACAGGUGAGGAAGAUGGAGUGGGUGUGUGUGUGUGUGUGUGUGUGUGUGUGUGUGUGUGUGUGUGUGUGUGUGUGUGUGUGUGCGUGCGUGCGUUAGUGCAUGCGUGAGAUUAUGCACUAACUGAGAGGAUUGGAUAGGUGAAAGAAAUAUGGUGCACCCGCAGUCGUCAUAUGACUGUGUCGGUCCUGGAUCGUCUGACUGCAGUCUAACCCUAUCUAUCGCUCUCUGUUCUCUCCCUCCUUGCAGCACAUAUCUAGUCGAAGGCACCGGGACGGAGUGGCAGGGAAACCCAACCCUCUUCUCAGCCGACACAAGAAGCACAGGGGAGCUGACCUCACGGUAACCUUUCACUUCUGAUCACUUACCUGACCUCUACCGUGCCAAGGAUAGCUUAACCAAUGAUUAUCCCUUGCCGGGGCUUGCUCAGAUUAACUAGUUUAACCACUGAUAGUGAGGAGGCUGUUGUCUGUGUAAUCAGUAGUACUCAAUGGUAGAUUCAUUACUAAUGCCCUGAAGUUCAAUUUUGGAAUGUGCUGGACAUACAGUUUGAUUAGAAUCCUCUGUGUUAUGAAAGAUCGAAGAGGUCCAAACUGAAAUGAUAUUUCUAUAUUUGUUUUGCGCUACGUGUUCACCGUAUGCCUCUAAACUUUUUAUCUGUCUCGCCCUCCCUCUCUUUCUCCUCUCUCUCUCUCUCUCUCUCUCUCUCUCUCUCUCUCUCUCUCUCUCUCUCUCUCUCUCUCUCUCUCUCUCUCUCUCUCUCUCCCCUCAGUCCUCUCUGACCUUCUCUAAGGAUCUCUCCAAAUGUUUGGGGGCGGGGCUCUUGCCCAGUCCCCUGGCUGUUGCCGCGGCGAUGGCCGCAGCCGCUUCCUCGCACCACCAAUUGGCUCAGCUUCGCGCCGCAGCAGCAUCUUCAGCCCAGCACCACCCGCAUCACCACCACCCAUCACCUGAUUACAGGGCCCGCCUCUCAAGCCAUUGCCAUCCUUACUACCCGCCCCCAGGGGACCCAUGCGGACACCUCCCCACGUGUCCAAUCCUCUUCUCUCCUUACUGGACAUCCACCUCCUCCACCUUUGGCCCAGUGCCAGGAGCAGCCACGUACAAAAAGCACCACUGUUGA